AUGUCAAACGACUGUGCCCCCGCUCUCCCACCAGCUGGUUCGGCCAUCCUCAGAACCAACUUUAUGGCAGCACAAAGGGCUAGAUUGGACUCCAGCCCAAUCAUUGCAAAUGUAGCGGGCUUAGCAAGGCUUUUCGCCCCGGAAAAGCCGCAGAAGCCAACGCCAAUGUCUGCCGGCAAGGACGCUAGAUGGCUGGACGAGGACGAAGGGCAUUAUAAGGUCGAGGAAAAAUCGGCCAUGCCGUCCACUAGUGGCACAAACAGUGAAAUAGAAGAAGAAGACGAAGCUAAAGAAGAAGAACAAAGGGCUAAAGAAGGCGAGAACAAAGAAUCGAUUGAAGAAGAGACAGCCGGUUGCUCGGCCGAAGCCUCAGAAACAAAGGCUGCCAAACGGCCUCACGAAGAGGACUUAAAAGCUGAUCAAAAAAUGAGAAAAAGGGCAAAGCAAAUCAGAUUAAAAGAAUGCGAUCAGCCCAAGGAUGAAGAAGAACGGUGGAAGCGGCUCUGCAUGCUGUUCCAAGGGCGAAGAACUAUUCAUCCCAAGAGGAUCAACAAGUUCUUAACUGAAUCUGCAGCAACAGAAGAAGAAAAAUAG